UUGUUUCUUCUCCUUUGUGGCCUUUUUUCUAUAUAUCGAUUUCUGAUAAUUGGGCAACUUCCUUUUCAUUUCUGACCAUCUAGUCAUUUCUCUUUUUUUCCAUAAUAAACUUUGAAUUUGACAACCCAUUUUCCCAUUAAUUUUUUUUGAGAAAUAGUAUCUAAGGCAACCACUUUUUAUCUAAGGCAACCACUUUCUUUGCCUCAUUUAUUGAGCUAUGAGUGGGGUUAAAGUUUCUUUCAUCAGCUGCCCAGCUUUUCCCAACUCUCUAGCCCUCUCUCUCUCUCUCUCUCUCUCAAAAUGAGUUCCACAAAAGAGGACUGCCUUGGAUAUGCAGCAAGAGAUUCAUCUGGGUUUUUAUCACCUUACAAAUUCAGCCGCAGGGCUGUUGGAAAUGAUGAUGUUUCAAUUAGUAUAACACAUUGUGGAGUGUGUUAUGCCGAAGUUGUGUGUACUAGAAACAAAUUUGGAGAUGCAAAGUAUCCAAUAGUGCCGGGACAUGAGUUGGUUGGAGUAGUGAAAGAGGUGGGGUCGAAUGUGAAGGGCUUAAAAGUUGGGAACCAUGUUGGAGUGGGAACUUAUGUGAACUCGUGCAGAGAGUGCGAGUACUGUGGAGAUGGGUUAGAAGUUUAUUGCUCAAAGGGGGUUGUCUUCACUUACAACCAUGUUGAUGUGGAUGGUACCAUCACUAAAGGAGGGUUUUCCACUUACAUUGUUGUUCAUCAGAGGUACUGUUUCAAAAUAGCAGAAGAUUACCCAUUAGCAUCAGCAGCACCAUUGCUAUGUGCUGGGAUUACUGUCUACUCCCCAAUGAUUCGCCACAAGAUGAACCAACCUGGCAAAUCACUCGGUGUGAUCGGGCUCGGAGGUCUGGGCCACUUGGCCGUGAAAUUUGGGAAGGCUUUUGGGCUGAAUGUGACUGUUUUCAGCACCAGCAUAUCCAAGAAAGAGGAGGCUCUGAAUCUGCUCGGAGCUGACAAAUUUGUGAUCUCUUCUGACCAACAAGAGAUGAUGGAAGUUUCAAAGUCAUUUGACUUCAUAAUCGACACAGCAUCAGGAACUCACCCUUUUGAUCCAUACAUGUCUCUGUUGAAGACUGGCGGUGUCCUAGUCUUGGUGGGUGCCCCAGGCGACGUGAAGCUCAGUCCCAUAAGCCUUAUUCACGGGAUGAAAUCGAUUUCAGGGAGUGCGGCAGGUGGUACAAAGGAUACAAAAGAAAUGCUAGACUUCUGUGCUGCCAACAAGAUUUACCCAGAGAUCGAAAUCAUUCCAAUCCAGCACGUGAAUGAAGCCAUCGAGAGGCUAAUCAAGAGCGAUGUCAAGUUCCGGUUUGUUAUCGACAUCGAGAGCUCCUUAAAGUGAAAGACAGCAUCAAGAAAAUUAAUUAAAAUCUCCCUUUCGACUACUUUUCCUCUGUCGUGUUGUAACUAUAGCCAUUAAGCCUAAAUAAUGCGGUUCAUUCUGCACACAGAAAACAAUUUGCAUUGUACUUGGCAUAUAUUACUCCUCUUGAGAAGGUUUCACUGGGAACAAGAUAUCAACGAGUAAUAAAGUUAAGGGGAUGAAAAAUUUAACAAUACAGAAAAA